UGCUUUUGAUUGUGAUCUUUUCGUAGUUAACAAGAUUACAAUAAGUGAUAAACCAAUAAGACAAAUUGUGACACAAGUUUUAUAUCCAGUUCUCAUCAUAAUUGAUCUAGAAAUUGUAUAAAAGAAUAUCAGUUUAGCAUGUGAUACAUAUUUUUCAAGAAAAUAGGACUUUAAAUGUAUCAAUAUUAUCUAAGGAUACUGAACCAUCAUAGUAUACCAUGUUACUAAAUAAAUUAUAAUAAAUUCAUGAGACAGUAGUGGAUGUAGUGAAGAGAAUCAAGAUUCCACGUUGAAGGAAAGAAUAAUUUUAUAGAAUAUAUGAAAAUAGAUUCGGUUUAAUGAAAUCUUAAUGCACGCGUAUAAAAGAUCUUCGAAAAAACAUGAUCUCCGAUUUUAUUAUCGUCUUAACUGUAUUGCAUAGCAUACAAUAAAAUUUAUCAGAGAUUUAUAUCGUAGAUCUUAUGUUCCAAUCUCUAAAAAUAAACAUAUUUUUAGUUACUUUUACUUACAUCAAGAAUAAUAAUAUAUUAAAAUGACGAGAAGUUUGAUUUAUACUUUCUCUCGAUGAUAAUUAUGACUAAAAAAUAUGAUUUCUAUGAUAUAAAGCAUUGCUUCACUAUUACACAUACAUUUCUCUUUCAUUCUCUCUAUCCGUUUAAAUUGUUAUUUUCAAUUUUCUUCGGACAUGAGCAAAUAAUGAAAAAGAAACUAUGUUGACAUUGUUGCGUUGAAGAAAAAUUUGGUUUAAAUAAAAAAAACAAUUGUAGUAUUGCAUUUGAAGAAUGAGCAAAACUACCUGAAUGACUACUUCAUUCAGAUGAUUCUUCUGAAUGGAAUUUAAUACAAUGAUCAAAAAUGUUGCGAAAAAACUCGUGUUUAUAAUAUUAACAUAGAAAAUAUUAAUGUUUACAUUGAUAUAACUUCUAUUGUAUUCUCAGAUUUACUACGUUGCAUUUUGAUACAGUCGAAUACAACUCAAUAUAAUAUUUUUCAAGUAAUAUUUCACUCUUUAUUCUUAACAGUGUAUUUAUUAUGCAGAAAAAAGUGUAAGAUGAUGUUGGUGAAGCUUUUUCUGUUUGCUCAGUUAAUAGCAGUCUGUAACCUUCGAGAAAUUUCAGUUAAAAAACAAUAGAAAUUCAAGUAGAAAAAGUAAACAUAAAGCACACGUGUAGUUAUGGUAUUGUAAAAAAUCAGAAAAAAAUUAUAAUAUUAAACUAAACAUUUACAUUGUAUUUCUUUUUUAUUUUGCAAUCAGACAAUAAAACGAAAGUGAAAUAAUCAAAAAGUAUACACAUGUUCGCUUUAUUUUGUUGAAAUAAACCACCAUUGUAUAAGAUAACAUCAUUUUGAUAACAGAACGACGGUGAAUCAAAAGUUUGAGGAUCUAAAAUAAUUACAAAGAGUUCAUAUGAAUUUUUAAAUUACAAAGAUCAUCUAAAAUGCAUGGUGACAUUCUGUUUACAUUAUUUCAAGUUUUAGUUCUUAGUAAUAAUAUUCACUGCAUAUCUUAGUAUUGUAAUUAAUUAAUAGUUUCUUGAAAGAAUAUAAAUUGUUUCAUCGAAUUACUUUACAAAUAAGAAAUGAUAAAAAAAUUAGUAAAAAUAUUUUUUUGGUUCGUUGAAAAUUUGUUUUAAUGAGACACAGUACUAUUGUAUAUCAUUUUCAAGAUUUAUUUCAGCAAAUAAAUCAAACAGUCAGCAAAAUUAAAGAUUAUUAUAAGUGUUUUUUAAAUUAUAAAAGAAAAUGUUGGAACAGUACAUAAUAAUAAGUCGAUGAUUUUUAUGAUUGUUGUAUGAAAUUUUAAUUGAUCUUAGGGUGUGGGUGUGGAUUUCAGUGAGAGUGACUGAGGUUGUGAGUGUGGGUAUAAUGUUAUAGUAAUCCUUCAUCGACACCCACCUUCACCCUCAACUACACUCACAUCCUGAGUCUUAUGUGGGAGCUGAUCUCUCUCUUGGUGUCAUUGAUGUAUGUCGACAACGUCAUUCAACGAUUUCUCGACUUUCCUUCGUAGUAGCUGAUGCAACAAAACAUUUGCCAUUUGAAAAUGAGUCUCUUGAUAUAGUUGUUUGUGUUGAAGCAACACAUGUUUAUAGUGGACCAAUAGCAGUUAAACGAUUCGCCAAUGAAGUUGCUCGUGUACUUCGUCCAAAUGGAUAUUUUCUUUGGACUGACUUAUUUCACAUAGAUGGAUUAGACACAUCAAUUGAUUAUUUGACAGCAAAUGGUGAACUGAUUGUUGAAGAAAAGAUCGAUAUUACAAGGAAUGUUCUUCAUGCACUUGAUAUUCAAAGUAAUACUCGUGCCGAAUUUAUUGACCGUUAUGUUCAGCCAAGAGACUGA